UGCCAGUCAGUCACUGCAUCGGGUCCAUCUGUACAACUCUGGCUCCUGCUCGCUCGCUCGCUCCUGCCACCCCUUUGCACAGAGCCCACAGGACAGCAGCCCUGUCAUCUCCCCCUGCCAUGGAAAUACACUGAUACAAGAGACACCGGGGGAACACGGAGAGCCGCUCGCCCUUGGCCACUUUCGGGUUCCCUGGCGGUUCGGAUUAUUUUCAGACCUGAUUCCUGCGAUGGAAGAUACCGGCGUUCAAAGGGGUCUAUGGGAUGGAGACGCCAAGGCAGUCCAGCAAUGUUUGACGGAUAUUUUCACCAGCGUUUACACCACCUGCGAUAUCCCGGAAAAUGCUAUCUUCGGCCCUUGCGUACUGAGCCACACUUCUUUGUAUGACAGCAUCGCUUUCAUAGCGCUUAAAUCCACUGACAAGAGAACCGUCCCUUACAUAUUCCGGGUGGACACCUCAGCAGCAAAUGGCUCCUCCGAAGGUCUAAUGUGGCUCCGUCUGGUCCAGUCAGCCAGGGAUAAAGAAGAACAGAAUCUAGAAGCUUACAUCAAAAAUGGACAAUUGUUUUAUCGGUCCCUUCGCAGGAUCGCCAAAGACGAGGAGUUACUAGUUUGGUAUGGGAAAGAACUGACGGAAUUACUGUUGCUCACCACGGCCAGAUCCCACAGCAAAAUGAACGGCUCGCCCCCUUACUCGUGCCUGGAGUGCAGCCAGCGGUUCCAGUUCGAGUUCCCCUACGUGGCCCACCUGCGGUUCCGCUGCCCCAAGAGACUGCCCGGCUCGGAGAGCAGCCCCGGCGGCGAGGAGGCGAGCGAUUUUAUUCAACUUUAUAGUUUAUCUGGGUAUGUUGGAUGCUUUGACAAUAAAUGA